UGACGGUCGGAUCAUCCCGGAGCCCUUUCCUCCCGGCUUCGGUGCUGCCCCAGUUCGGGGCCAUCCCAGGCUGGGUGUCCCCCGAGGACGAGGGGCGGGGCUCAGGAGGUUGCGAUGAAGGACCGAAGGAGGGGAUGGAGGAUGACGGCCACCCAGGAGUACCCCUUCCCCUACCUGGACUACCUGGACUCCAGCCAGUUACACAUGGAGCCGGAUGAGGUCGACACUCUGAGGGAGGGCGAGGACCCAGCUGACAGAAUGCAUCCCUUUCUGGCCAUCUAUGAACUUCAGUCUCUGAAAAUGCACCCCCUGGUGUUUGCCCCUGGGGUCCCUGUCCUAGCCCAGGUGGUAGGAACUGAAAGAUACACCAGCGGAUCCAAGGUGGGAACCUGCACUCUGUACUCUGUCCGCUUGACUCACGGUGACUUUACAUGGACGACCAAGAAGAAGUUCCGUCAUUUCCAAGAGCUGCAUCGGGACCUCCAGAGACACAAAGUCUUGAUGAGUUUGCUCCCUCUGGCUCGCUUUGCCGUUGCCUAUUCUCCAGCCCGGGAGGCAACCGACAGAGCUGACAGAGAGAUGCCUUCUCUGCCCCGAGGAGGUGCUGAGGGCUCCACCAGACAUGCAGCCAGCAAACAGAAAUACCUGGAAAAUUACCUCAACCGGCUCCUGACCAUGUCUUUCUACCGCAACUACCAUGCUAUGACAGAAUUCCUGGAAGUCAGUCAGCUCUCCUUUAUCCCAGACCUAGGACCCAAAGGACUGGAGGGGGUCAUCCGGAAGCGCUCAGGCGGCCACCGCGUUCCUGGCCUCACCUGUUGUGGUCGAGACCAAGUCUGUUAUCGCUGGUCCAAGAGGUGGCUGGUGGUAAAAGACUCCUUCCUGCUGUACAUGCGUCUGGAGACUGGUGUCAUCUCUUUUGUUCAGCUCUUUGACCCUGGUUUCGAGGUGCAGGUGGGGAAAAGGAGCACAGAGACCCGGUAUGGGGUGCGGGUCGACACCUCCCACAGGUCCCUCAUUCUCAAGUGCAGCAGCUACCGGCAGGCGCGGUGGUGGAGCCAGGAGAUCACAGAGCUGGCACAGGGCCCAGGCAAAGACUUCCUACAGCUGCACCGGCACGACAGCUAUGCCCCGCCCCGGCCUGGCACCUUGGCCCGGUGGUUUGUGAAUGGGGCAGGUUACUUUGCUGCUGUGGCAGAUGCCAUCCUGCGAGCCCGAGAGGAGAUUUUCAUCACAGACUGGUGGUUGAGUCCUGAGGUUUACCUGAAACGCCCGGCCCAUUCAGAUGACUGGAGACUGGACAUCAUGCUCAAGAAGGCAGCGGAGGAGGGUGUUCGUGUGUCUGUUCUGCUGUUUAAGGAAGUGGAAUUGGCCUUGGGCAUCAACAGUGGCUAUAGCAAGAGGACACUGAUGCUGCUCCACCCCAACAUAAAGGUGAUGCGCCAUCCAGACCAGGUGACAUUGUGGGCCCAUCAUGAGAAGCUCCUGGUGGUUGACCAAGCAGUGGCCUUCUUGGGGGGGCUGGACCUCGCCUAUGGCCGCUGGGAUGACCUUCACUACCGGCUGACUGACCUCUCAGACUCAUCUGAAUCCAGUGCCUCGCAGCCUGCCACCCCAUGCCCAGACCCUGCAGCCACCCCAGACCUCUCUCACAACCAACUCUUCUGGCUGGGCAAGGACUACAGCAAUCUCAUCACCAAGGACUGGGUGCAGUUAGACAGGCCUUUUGAAGAUUUCAUUGACAGGGAGACCACACCCCGGAUGCCAUGGAGGGAUGUUGGGGUGGUCGUCCAUGGCUUAGCGGCCCGUGACCUUGCCCGGCACUUCAUCCAGCGCUGGAACUUCACCAAGACCACCAAGGCUAAGUACAAGACACCCAUGUACCCCUACCUGCUACCCAAGUCCACCAGCACUGCAAACCAGCUCCCUUUCACACUCCCGGGGGUGCAGUGCACCACUGUGCAGGUCUUGCGGUCCAUCGACCGCUGGUCAGCAGGGACGCUGGAGAACUCCAUCCUCAAUGCCUACCUGCACACCAUCAGGGAGAGCAAGCACUUCCUCUACAUUGAGAAUCAGUUCUUCAUUAGCUGCUCAGAUGGGCGCACGGUGCUGAACAAGGUGGGCGAUGAGAUUGUGGAGAGAAUCCUGAAGGCCCACAAACAGGGACAGUGUUUCCGAGUCUAUGUGCUUCUGCCCUUGCUCCCUGGCUUUGAGGGCGACAUCACUACAGGUGGUGGUAACUCUAUCCAGGCCAUUCUGCACUUCACAUACAGGACUCUGUGUCGCGGCGAGUAUUCAAUCCUACAUCGCCUCAAAGCAGCUAUGGGGACAGCGUGGCGAGACUACAUAUCCAUCUGUGGGCUUCGCACACACGGAGAGCUGGGCGGGCACCCAAUCUCAGAGCUCAUCUAUAUUCACAGCAAGAUGCUUAUUGCGGAUGACAGGACGGUCAUCAUUGGUUCUGCAAACAUCAAUGACCGGAGCUUGCUAGGGAAGCGGGACAGUGAGCUGGCCGUGCUGAUCGAGGACACAGAGAUGGUGCCAUCCCUCAUGGAUGGGGCGGAGUAUCAGGCGGGCAGGUUUGCCUUGAGUUUGCGGAAGCACUGUUUCAGUGUGAUUCUCGGGGCAAAUGCCUGCUCAGACCUGGAUCUCCGGGACCCGGUCUGUGAUGACUUCUUCCAGCUGUGGCAAGAGAGAGCCGAGAACAACGCCAAUAUCUAUGAGCAGAUCUUCCGAUGCCUGCCGUCCAACGCCAUACGCUCCCUGCGGACUCUCCGGGAGUAUGUGGCUGUGACGCCUCUGGCUGUGGUCAGCCCUCCCUUGGCCCAGUCUGAGCUCACCAAGGUCCAGGGCCACCUGGUUCACUUUCCCCUCAAGUUCCUGGAGGAUGAAUCUUUGCUGCCCUCCCUGGGGAGCAAGGAGGGCAUGAUCCCCCUAGAAGUAUGGACAUAGCCGAGGUUCCAGACAGCGAGGUGUCAGCAGCUCUGGGUUCCACUGUGUCUAGCUUCCUGGUCCUGAGCUCCGAGGACCGAGGGCAGGGCCCUUUGAGGUCUGGGGAAGCAGGCAGCCCUGAAGGGGACUAGGGAAGUCACAGUGGGCCUUUACUUGAUAAGUAACAAAGAGGACACUCCUGAACUUGCCCUGGGAAGACAGGAAAGGGUCACAGUGACAGAGGAAAAGGGUCAUCCCCCCGCUGCCUGACUCAGACCACUGCUCCAGAGGAGCAUAAAUCCUGCCAGGACACUUGAAGAGAAGCCUCUGAUCCCAGGAGGAGGGGGUGCUGCCCUGGACCUUCCCCAUCUCUCCUGUUCCUCUUCCCCUUGAGCCCCCUCUGUGCCCAAAGCCUUUCCCAGCCCAUUGCUGCCAAGAUAAAAAGAAGGAGAAGGCCACUUUGGGCUGCAGCCCUUGGCAGAGUGAGAAGGAAGGCAACUAACUUCCUCCACUAACCUGUGGACGGACACUAACUUUGUACCAGUUGAACAAGCAUUUCAUAAAUAAAAGUAUAGAAAAAGCCCAUA